CCCUCUUUUUCUCUUUCUCUCUUCCUCACACUCUCUCUCUCUCUCUCUCUGUCUGUCUCCCUCUCUUCCUCUCAGCCAAUCUGCGCACGGUGACGCUGCGCAAAAGGCUGGAUCUAGUCUCUCUGGGCUUCAUCAUCAUAUUUAACACACCCACCCAGAUGCACACAUGCUACAAAGAGGGGUGCAUUCUCCUCCUCCUAUAUCUCCUGCUCUUUACUCCUAGAGGUUGUCUUUGGACAGGAUCUCUGUCUGCUGUUAACCUGUGCAGUGAUUUAAUCUGGACUCGAUGUGACAGAAAUUACGCAUCCUGGAUCCUGGAGGUGGAUGAGAGCGCACUACUUUUUUUUUUUUCUCGGGGGACUUUCCCAAAAAAAUAAUUUAUUAUUAUAAAAUGUGAAGAGCUUGUGCACUUCCUACAUUUUUUUUUCUCUCCUCCCCAACAACAGCUGAUCUCUGCACAGGAUCGCGGUUUGGAUGGUGAGACACUUGGACACUUGGACACGUUUUUGCGGAUCGUUUCCUAUCACCGUUUUUUGAUCCACUUCCUUCUGACAUAUAUGUUUUGUGGUGUGGACAGGAGAGUGUGAAAGAGGAUGUCUUUUGCGCAAAUCCCCCGUUGGUGUGAACCGACUCUACCUGGACGCGCUUGCGGCUGAUUUUUGCGCUUCUUGCUUAAAAAAUCCUCCCCACAAAAAGCUUGAACACUGAAUCCUUCACUCAAGACGGCACUAAGCUACGAUGGUUCCUACGUGUUCAACGUGUACCUCGUCCGACUGGCGUCCAGUCUGAUCAACAUCAUCAGCGAUGUAGUCAGCCUGUUCAUCUGCGUGCUCAUCAUUUGCAGCAAAUACUCGCAUCUGCUCAAACGCGAGACCAUGAAGAUGAUCCUGCUGCGCAAAUUCCGCGUGCUCAUCCUCAUGGUGUUCCUCAUCGCGUGCUCCAUGCACAUCAUGAUCGACUUGUUACCGAAGCUGGAGAGGCACCACGGGACCGCCACCGGCUGCUCGUGCUCCAACACGCCGAGCGAGGAGCCUCAGAGCUGGGCGAAGAAGCAGCAGCAGCAGCAGAAGCAGCAGCAGCAGGGCUGGCCUAACAAGCACACGCUGCGGAUCCUCCAGGACUUCAGCAACGAGCCCGGAUCCUCCAACGUGUCCUCCCACUCCUCCUUGGAGAGGGUGGACAGGAAAACGCAGCAGCAGCAGGCUCUCAGGAGGCUGGAGCAUCUCGACAGGAAGAGACAGUUCAUCCAGCAGGACGUAGUGUUGACCAACAAGAACAUGCAGGUUAAAGGUUCAAGGUUGUCGGCUCUCUACGAGCACCCCUUAUAUAAAAGAUCCUCACCACCAACUCUGACAGACGAGGACACGCUGUUCAACGUCAACACUGACAUCAGAUUUGACCCCAAAGCUGCAGAGGAUCAUGCAUGGAACACUGAAGGAGGCAAUGUGGAUGAGUUCAGCCCAACAGGGGAGCUGACAGCCGACUCUUACCCCAACUGGCUCCGCUUCCACAUUGGGAUUAAUCGCUACGAGCUGUACUCCAGACACAACCCGGUCAUCGAUGCUCUCCUCAAGGACCUGGUCACCCAGAGGAUCACUAGCGUCGCGAUGAAGUCUGGAGGCACUCAGCUCAAGCUCAUCAUGACCUUCCACAACUACGGCCAGGCUCUCUUCAAACCCAUGAAGCAGACCCGGGAGCAGGAGACCCCGCCAGACUUCUUCUACUUCUCUGACUUUGAAAGACACAACGCCGAGAUCGCCGCCUUUCAUCUGGACAAGAUCCUGGACUUUCGUCGUGUCCCUCCUGUGGCCGGCAGGCUCGUCAACAUGACGAAGGAGAUCCGAGACGUCACGCGAGACAAAAAGCUCUGGAGGACCUUCUUCAUUUCACCAGCCAACAACGUGUGUUUCUACGGAGAGUGUUCGUACUACUGCUCCACUGAGCACGCUCUGUGCGGCAAACCGGACCAGAUAGAAGGAUCCCUGGCCGCCUUCCUCCCAGACCUGGCGCUCGCCAAACGCAAGACCUGGAGGAACCCGUGGAGACGCUCCUACCACAAACGCAAGAAGGCAGAGUGGGAGGUGGACCCGGACUACUGCGAGGAAGUCAAACAGACUCCGCCGUAUGACAGCGGGACACGACUGCUGGACAUCAUGGACAUGACCGUCUUUGACUUCCUCAUGGGGAACAUGGAUCGCCACCAUUAUGAGACAUUUGAAAAGUUUGGAAAUGAGACCUUUAUCAUCCAUCUGGACAACGGCAGAGGCUUUGGAAAGCACUCCCAUGACGAGAUAUCCAUUCUGGUGCCGUUGACUCAGUGCUGCAGGGUAAGGAAGUCGACCCACUUGCGUCUGCAGCUGCUGGCUAAGGAAGAAUACAAGCUGUCCAUGCUCAUGGCAGAAUCCCUGGUGAGGGACCGUCUCUUUCCCAUCCUCAUCCAGCCACACCUGGAUGCCAUGGACCGGCGACUACGCCAGGUGCUGAACGUGCUGUCAGAAUGCAUCGAAAAGGAGGGUUACAGUUACGUUGUAGAGGACGACCUCCAGGGGCACCAAGGGAUAGACCACGCCCACACCGGCCCACGACGGAGGUAGCUGUCCGGGGGGGGGGCGCUGGCAGCCGGAUAGGACUAACUCCCUGGAGAUAGGAGAUCCAUUCUCUUAAAAGUGAACUGGCAUCCUGUAACACAGAUGAGCUCCGUCCUCAGAGGAGCUUUUUUUUUUGGUUGAACUUACAGGGAAGCCUGAGGUUAAUAUAAGCUGUCUGGAAAGUGGAAGCCUGCUGGAUAGGACCGGACCUUAACAAAACAAGUGCAAUGACUUUGAACUGCACACAGAUGCUCGCAGGUGACGUCGAAGACUUCUGGAUGGAUCUGGGGCCGGGUUUCACAAACUAAAUUGAACCACCCCCCCCACACAUCACCUAGACUCCUUAAAACAUCCAACCCGGACUCUAGCAUAGGAUCACCGCACCGACCCACCGCAGCACUACCAAACCAUGAAAGUCUUGCAAGAGACGCCUUCUCUCUGUCUUGUUCAGGACCCUUUUUUUGAAUUCAGUGAAUUCUGAGGGACUCGUAAAGAAACCUCCCGACGUCCCCUCUUCCCUCUCUCUUCACAAGCUGAAUUAUGUGUUUCUACGUAACGUUGGUAUUGCAAGUGUUUCGGUUGAACAUUCACGGUAGAGGAAGAGGAAGCGGAGGGUUGACUUCCUGUUGUCUUAAUUAUCAAAAAUGAUGUUUUAUUGAUUUGCUGAAAAAAUGUUUUAUUGCAUAGUGUCUUUUUUUAUUUUUUAUUUGAUUUCUCUUGAGCUUUCUAUCAUCGGUAUUCAAGAUGGAAAAUAUUUGAUUGGAGUGCAGGUUUACUCCUGGAUUUGUCUGUUAAUUUCGCCCAUAAAUGUUACUUGUACUUGAGAGAGUAUUUAUUAAAAUUCGUAUUUAUUAUUUGAAAUGAAUACUAAUCACUUUCUGUUACAGUAAAAAAUGAACUGUUGGAUUUACAUCACAGUGGUGCACUUCCUCAUUUGUCCAAAAGAGGGCAAACUGAGCAUGUGCAAAAGAAGCUGCCAGGUCCGUGCCUCCAUAUUUCACCCCAUUUCAAGUAUCAAGCUCCUCCGCAAGUAUUGGUUAGAUUCAAAUGUGUUUACAACAUUUAAUCCGACUACUGUUUUAUUCUUUCAGAUAUGAGGUUAGAGUUAUGGUACCAAAAGCCAAAUGUGACACUAAUAGUUUUAUAUUAUUGUUUCUUUGUAAUAUAUUUGAUGUCCAGAUGUUGCUGUUGUGGAGAGAUUAUUUUUCAGGAUGUAUAUUUCAUUCAUCACCAACAGCUGAUAGCUUUUAACUGUUGGUGUCAACGAUUCAGUCGCUGGCUGAAAGUUAAUAUAUACAGUAGGAUAAAUCUAGUGCCUGUGCAAUGAUAGAAAUACUUGAAUGUCUGGUUUCAUAGCAGAAAGGUUUGAACUCCUCCCGGGUACGAGCUAUAGCUGAGAUACGGAGGUCUUACAUAUAUGUGUGUGCUGACUCCCAUCUGUUCCAUAAGGGUUUUAUUACAUAGUCCUGUGUCAGGUCAGUACGGUGUGUAUGGACGUAUGAGUGGAUCCAUGGAGAACCUUAACAUGAUGUGUUCUUAAAGUGAAAAUGCUUCUUUUUUUUUUUUUUUUAAUUCAACUCAUUGUUUCUGUGGAUUUUUUUUUAAAUUUCUUUGCAUCAUGGUAAAAGUGCAAUAAAACAAAAUAAGCAGAAUAUUA